AUGAAUGAAAUUAUAGUGGGAGAAUAUAAAAUUCAUAGUUUAUUAAAAAGCUUUGCUGAUAAGGAUGAAGAAAGAAAUGUUUAUAUCGUUUUAAAUAAAUCAAAUGAAAAGUUUAUUUGUAAAGAAAUUAUAUAUACUCAAAAUUCAAAUAUAGAUAAUGAAAAAAGGAAAUCAGAAUAUAUUAAUUUAAAAAAAUUUUCCGAUACCAUUAAAUAUCCACAUUUAAAUAUUUCAAAAUAUAUUGAACAUUUUAUAAUUUUAGAAAAUCAACAAGAGAAAGAAAAAAUUAAAAAGCAAUAUAUUAUUACUGAAUUUUAUGAUGGUGGUGAUUUAUCUUCUCUAAAAAUUACUAAUAAAAAAUGUUUUAGUAUUAAAAAUGGUGAUAUAAUUUAUUUGUUUUUAAAAAUGUUAAUCAUUUUUAAAGAAUUUCAAACUGUUAUUAUUCACAGAGACAUCAAGCCUGAUGGUUCAAUUGUAAAUGAUUAUUAUUUAUGUGAUUUAGGAAGUUCAACACAGGUUAAAACUAUUAAUAGUUCAACAUUGAUUGGUACAAAUCAAUAUAUUGCUCCUGACGUUAUAAAAAGAGGUGGAUAUACAGGAACCAUUGAUAUCUAUGGAUUAGGUAAAACUUUACUACUAUUAUUAAAUAGGGUUCAACAAAAUCAAUAUAAUAAAAUAAAUAAAAUUUUAUUUGAAAUGAUGUGUUCAAAUGAAUCAACAGAAAGACCAACCGUUGAUCAAUUAAUUGAAUUUAUGGUAUGUCAGUAUGAUAAUAUUUCAUUUACAGAGUUUGAUGAUUUCACUCAUCCACUUUCAAAAGAUUGUAUUGAAUAUUUUAAAAAUAAUAAAUUAAAUAUACUCAAAAAAGAUGUAAAACCAAUUCAAAUUAAAAUCAAAAUUAAAGAAAAAGAAUACCGAGCAUAUGGUGCAAUUCAGGCAUUACUUAGAAACUUUUAUUAUAUUGAUAACGUUAUUAGUAUUGAAGAUAAUAAUAAUAAUAAUAAUAAUAAUAAUAAUAAUAAUAAUAAUAAUAAUAAUAAUAAUAAUAAUAAUAAUAAUAAUAAUAAUAAUAAUAAUAAUAAUAAUAGUGAUGGUCCCAUUGAGGUUGCUGAAUUUGAAUGGAAUGAAAAUACUGAUAGGCUCGCAUCAGAGUUAUUAUUAGGCCAUUUUAAAACAGAAACUGGUGGUAAAAAUUAUGAAAUUGCCAAUAGUCAUAUAGAAUUUGUGUUAAAAUCAGAAGUUUUAAAGUCAUUAUCUUAUCAUGAUGAAAUAGUUAUUGAUAGACAAGCAACUCCUAUAUAUGAUAAUUUUAUAAAUUCAGAUGAUAGUCAAGCACAAAUUCCACCCACAUCCACAAAAUGUAUCCACAUUUUUUCAAAUCAUAAAUAUAAUUUUCAAAAAUUUAUCAGAGAUUUACCUUAUGGUGAAUUAACAGGCGAUGUUCAAUUAAAAGCAAUAUUUCAUUUAAUUUUAGUCAUAUUUGAAAUUGCUGAAAAUGGUCCAGAUUUCAUGUACAAUGCAUUAUUAGAAAAGAAUAUGGGCACCCUUUUUAUUAUACCACCAUCAUCAGAAACUACACCAAGACCACCAACACCAACUGCAACAACAACACCAACACCAACAGCAACAACACCAACAACAACAACAGCAACAACAACAAAAUUAUCACAACAUAAUUUUAAAUUUUUAUUUCCUUUUAGGUCUUAUGCAUUUAGCCAUUCAUCAAAUACUAAAUUACAUAUUUUUUUAAACAUUUUUGGAGAUCACACUAAGGAUGGCUUGAUAGUAGAUAUUUUAAAAUUAGCAAAAGAAUUAGAUAAAACAAAAUUACCAACAGUUGAUAUUAUUUUACAAUUAAUUAAAAUGAUUCAAAAAGAAAAAUGUAAAUUAUUGGAAACUUAUUCAAAUUCAGGAUUAGAUUUUUAUUUUAAUAAUUUUGAAACUUUAAUAUUUAAUUAUGAAUUAAAAGAAUCUUUAACAAAACUUAUUGAUAAAAAUAAAAUAAUUCAUUGUGUUGAUAGUUUAAAUCAAAUUCUUACCACAAGAUAUUUUUAUUUUGUUGAAAAUCAUUAUAAGUGUUAUGCAAUUGAACCAUAUAAGAGUUUAGAGCUUAUUUCAAGUUUUAAUGAAAAUAAGAAUAUAUAUAUUAGAAAACUCUUACAUUAUUCUUCAUUUCCAUCAAUGAAAAGAUUUAAAUAUAUUCAAACUUAUUAUGACAAAGUUAAUAAUUCUCAUUACUUUGUAUUCGAAAUUCCAAAAAAAUUAUUAAAUACAACUAAAAAAAUGGAACUCACUAAACAAUCAUCAUCUACAACAACAAAAAUUGAUAGAAUGAAAAUUUUUAAAAACUUAAUUGUCCAACAUUUGAAUAAUAUUCAAGAAUUGAAAACACAUCUUAAAUCGAUAUAUGAAUAUAGUUUUAAUUUAGUAAUAUCUCUAGAAGAUGAUAAUAAAUUUGAAUUAUAUUAUUCAAAUUCAGUUUCACCAUUUUCAAGUGACGGAUUUAUUAGAUCAUUCUAUGAUAUUGGUAAAUGGGUAUUUGGAAAUUUAAAUAAUCAAGAAGAAGAAGGUGAUCAACUAGUGAAAAUGAAAAGUUAUUUUUCAUUUUUAAGAAUUUUAAGUGAAUUAAGUUGGUUUUGUAAUAUUUUAGGUAGUGGUAAUGUUCACAAUUCAAUUGUUUAUAAUGAAUUAAAUAUUUAUUAUUAUUUAAAAAUGCUUUUACCAUUAUUGAAUGAUAUUAAAAUUAAUGUUUUUCAUUAUCAAAUCCAAAAUGAUAUAUUUGCAAAAAUUAUCAUUGGAAAUACUCAAUACAAUAUUAUUAAUUUAAUUGAACCAAAUCAUAUUGAUGAUCCAUUUUCAAUGGUUCAAUAUCAUUUAUAUAUUAUGGAACUUGAAAAAAUUGAAACAAGUGAUAAAUUCACAUGUUUAAGAAAGCAAUUUAAUCAAAGACCACAAAAACAAUCAAAGAUAUUUGAAAUUCCAAAUCCUAAUAAUUCAAUCGAUGAAAUAUUAAUUGAACCAACAUUAAUUGUUCAAGAUAUAAAUACAUCAUUUCAAUUUUUUAAAGUAAAUGGUAUAAUUAAAACAAUUGAAGAUUUUAAUCAAGAAAAAGAUUAUAGUAAUAUUAUUAUUUUAAGAUCAUUUUUAUAUUUCUUGCAAUACCUUUUCAAGAAUCCAUCAAAAACAACAUUAUUAGUUUUAUUUGAUAUUAGGAAAAUUGAUUUUGAUAAUAUUAAUUCUUCAAACGAUAUUGAUAAUGAAAGCAUACCUCAAUAUUUAUGUUUUGAUUUCUUAUAUUUUAUCAAACAAAUGUAUGGAAUUGAUAUAUAUUUCCAAUUUGAAGAUUUUUUGGAAAUAAUAUCAACUAGACCAUCAAUAGUAUCAAAUAUCAUUCAAUCAAAUAAAAAAAAGAUAUUAAAUGAUAUUAUUUGCAUGGAUAUUAUUGAAAAUGAUAUAUCAAUGAAAGAUGUAUUUUAUUUACUUUCUGUUGAUAUUAUAAAAACAAUUUCACCAACAGUAAAUUUAGUUAUUUAUGAUAAAAGAUACUAUAUUCAAAAAGAAGUUGGAUCAAUUUCAAAAAUUAGAGAAUGGAAAAAGUUUGGAAUUAUAUCUUCACAUCCAGAUGCAGUGGUUUUUUUAAAAUAUGGUAAAAAAGAUUUAAAAUCAGCAAUGUUGGAUAAUGGUAAAGUGAAUGAUGAAAAUUAUUAUGGUAUUGCUGUUGAGGAUUAUAUGAAAUCUAAUGAAUUAAAUAUACUCUAUUAUUUAUUGAGUAAACAAGAAGAACCAGAUUUCACCAAUAUUGAAAGAUAUUAUUUGGAAAAUGAUAAAAUCUAUGCAAUGUUUCCAUAUGUCAAUGGUAGUUGCAAUUUAUCUGAAAUUGAUAAUUUAAAUGAAAUGGAUUUACUCAACAUAUUAUAUCAACUUUGUUUUCAAUUACAUCAAUUGGAAAAUCUUGGUAUAUUUCAUAGAGAUGUUAAACCUGAAAAUAUAAUUUCUCUAAGAUAUGGAAAUGGUGGAAUCGUGGUAUUUAUAGUUGAUUUCGGUAUAUCACAAUACAAAGGAAAACAUUUAGAAAAUUAUUAUUCACGUGAUGGUACAUUUGGAUAUCAAGCUCCAGAAAUUUAUAGAGAAGAGUUGAGAGGUGAUGGUGAUAUUAAAACUCAAAAAUAUAAAAUGGAUGUUUUCAGUUUAGGUUGCACUAUGGCUUUUUUAAUUAAAAAGUUUAAUAUUACAUCAACAUACUUAAACGAUUUCAUUGAUAAUAUGACACAACCUCAUGUAUGUAAAUCAUUUAAAAAAUAA